AUGAGUGUCGCAGUACCAGAUGAUCAAGCUACCGACCUAAGCAAGCAAUAUGACACACCUCUAGGCCUCGCACACUCAACAAUGCAGGUCCUCAAGGACAGGAUCAAGCUUCACUAUGAUCUUGCGAGUGACUACUACCUGAGUUUGUGGGGCGAGCACAUCCAUCAUGGGUACUGGCCUACCCCGGAGUCUGAGUCCACGCAGACCAAGGAGGAAGCUCAAGCCAAUCUCAUUCAACUGCUGCUCGACACCUCCAAGUUGCCUUCCAACAGCACAGUUCUCGAUGUUGGAUGUGGUAUUGGUGGAACAUCUCGAUACCUCGCUUCCAAGUAUGGUUGCUCUGUGACAGGCAUAACCAUUUCCUCGAAGCAAGUUGAGAUCGCUAACCGGCUCACCAAAACCGCUGUCGAGGAUCAAGCUUCAUCCAAACCGACAAGUGAUCAAGGAGCCACCAGACUCGGUGAGGGAAGGGUCAAAUUCCUGGAGCUCGAUGCUGAGAAGAUGGGCGAUUUCUUCAAUGGCCAGCAGGGCUCCUUCGACGCAGUGUGGAUCAGCGAAGCUCUUAGCCAUUUCCCGAACAAAGCGCUGUUCUUCGAGAACGCGAUGAAGGUCCUGAAGCCAGGGGGUAAGCUGGUAUUGGCAGACUGGUUCAAGGCCGAGGACCUAGACGACACCACCUUCACUAACGAUAUUAAGCCCAUUGAAGACGGAAUGCUUCUCCCGCCCCUUUAUACCCAGAAAGGAUACCUCGAACUGGCAAAGAAAGCUGGACUUGCGGUUUUCUCUGAGCCAAAAGACAUCAGUAAAGAGGUUCGAAAGACAUGGGACAUCACAUGGUCACUUGUACAAAACCCGUCUCUUUGGGCAUUUGCGCUAUCUCAGGGUCGUGAUGGUAUUGCUUUCUUGCAGUCGUUCCGAGCAAUGAGACGAGGAUAUGCUAACGGGUCUUUUUGCUACGCUGCCAUGGCGUUCAAGAAGGAGUAG